CAGUUCGGUGUAGUGUCCACUCAGCCUCCCUCACGUCUCUUCAUCAGACAAGUGUAUCUUCUCAACUCACUUGUCUCUUGUUAUCACUGAACAACCACAGAGAGGAGCAGCCUUUCACCUCAUUUAAAAAGAAUGCCUUUCGGAGGAGGAAACAAAUGCGGCUUCUGCCAGAAAACCGUCUACUUCGCUGAGGAAGUGCAGUGCGAGGGGAAGAGCUGGCAUAAAUCCUGUUUUCUGUGCAUGGUCUGUAAGAAGAACUUGGACAGCACAACAGUGGCUGUUCACGUGGAUGAGAUCUACUGCAAAUCAUGCUACGGCAAGAAGUAUGGGCCAAAAGGCUAUGGCUUCGGCGGCGGAGCCGGCGUUCUGAGUAUGGACACAGGAGAGGGCCUUGGAAUCAAGCCUGAAGUACAAGCUGCUCAUCGCCCUACAAAUAACCCCAACACCUCCAAGUUUGCCCAGAAAGCAGGGGGCUCAGAUGCCUGUCCGCGGUGUAGCAAAACAGUAUACGCAGCAGAGAAGGUUAUCGGAGGAGGCAACGCCUGGCAUAAGGGAUGCUUUCGUUGUGCCAAUUGUGGCAAAGGACUGGAGUCCACAACCCUCGCCGAUCGCGACGGGGAGAUCUACUGUAAAGGUUGCUAUGCAAAGAACUUUGGUCCCAAGGGGUUUGGCUUCGGGCAGGGUGCAGGAGCUCUGGCUCAUUCCCAGUAAAGCCUGAAGCCUCGGCCCGCCUUGGUCUGACAUCCGGUGAGCUCCCAUAUCAUCGCUUCCAGGAUCCUUCAGUCACCAUCUUUAUUCUACUCUGCCCUUUCACUCCAGCUACAGGCAAUGAUGAACGAGAGAAGCCCACAACACACAGCUUUUUGUACGUCUUCACCAAGUAGAAUCUGCUCCUUACCAUAUGCGCAUUAAAAUCUAAUGUAUGAUUUUCCAGGCUGAAAAAGGUUUCAUGCUAAACAUGUAAAACACACCGAAAUCUUACUCUGGAUGUUCAUGUUGUGUAUCUUCAAACUGAGUAGUUAACAGCAACCAAGCCGGCUCCUUUUAAGGAAAGUAAAACAAAUUAAACUGUGGUUGCGAUACAAAGAGACGCUCACUUUGUAAUAACAGAAGGGAGCAAAUGUUGAGUUUGAAUAACGUCUGAAACGGUCGGCGUCUAUGAGUGGGAACAAAAUGAGAUCAACAUGUUUCAAGAUAGCUAGGAGAAAUUAGCCUUACAUCAUGCUUCACUUACAGUCAAGAUAAAGUUGUCCUCACUGCAUUACAUCUCAAAUGGUGUACAUACGGUCUUAAAAUAUGCAUUACUGCUGAUAGACAAAAUAAAUAAAUCAGGCAACAAAAAUCAACAGAAUUUUGUUUUUUCCAUUCCCUCUGGCGUGCUUUACACAACUGUCGUUGUUCUUACUGUUGCUCUGAUCUGAUGAAUUCAAUUUGUGUGUGUUCAUGUGGUCUUGGGUGUGUUUGUUAUUGCUUCUAAUCAUCAGCACUCAGAGCAAAAUGCCAGCUGUUGUGGUGAACAACGGAGUCGCAGU